AUGGGAAACACGACUUCGACUCCCACAGCAACACAUUCCGUCCCCUCCAACUAUUCGAUUGCGAGUAGCACAAAGAGUGCAUUUGAGAAGCGCGAUGGGCAUCAUCAGCCUGGAUCGCGUCCAUCAACAGCUGGCUUGCCACCUUCAGCUCACAGCGGCCGUAGCCUACGAAAAAUGGGCUCCUUUUCCACUUUGGCUAGCUCAGCUUCACGAUUCUAUCACCAUCAUAGCCCAUCCACUCUAUCACUUUCAUCCAGACCAUCCAAAAGCACCAGCAGCAGAAGAAAGCAUCGUGAUUAUGAUACUAUUUUGGAUAUUGGUAAACCCACUCAAUUUGAACAUGGUAUCCAUGUUGAAUACAAUAAGGAAAGCGGAUGCUAUAUGGGGUUACCUGAUGUGUGGCAACAAUCAGCUCUACCAAGCGAUGAUAUUCUCGACACUAGCUUUAUCAAUCCCAACCUUGUUCCACAAAAGAAUGAAGCAGCAAAACGUAAACUACCCAAACCUCUCAAACGCACAGCGUCAACGAUUGGCAAGCCUUUCAAUAUUCAGCAUCAUAUCCACGUGCAAGUAGAUGCUUCGGGUGGUCAAAGAUUUGUGGGUUUACCAAAGGAAUGGGAACGUAUCCUUGAAGCUUCUGGUAUCCCCAAGGACGUUAUCAAAUCACAUCCAAAGGCUGUGGAAGGUUUUAUGCACCAGGCUCCUAUGCCCGACUCGUUGCAAGCCGACCAAAUCAAUCGUUCGAUUCGCAAACGAAAGGACAGCAAAGAGGAUAACGGCAUUGAUAAUGACGACAUCAUCGACGACAUCAUCAACAGUGACAGCAAAGAGGAAGACAUAAAGGAAAAAGACGAUAACAAGGAUUUGCUACCUGUUGGAUUUGCACCACCAAGUCGCGCACGAUCAUCCAAAUUACUGCAUUUGUCAAACAUUUCCAAACGCAACACGUCUUCCACCAUCAUCCAUUCGCCCAUCAAUGAAACCGAAGGUGCAGAUGAUUCUCUACCCGGUGCACUCGCAGCUUCAGAGAGCCAUUUAUCGCUGGCAUCCAAUUUCAUUGAUGACUUGAUUGACCAGGUUGAUCCAACUACAGUAUACACCGAUCUCGUGCUCAUUGCCGAAGGAGAGUCAGGACCUAUGUUUGCAGGAAAGCACGCUACCACCAAUCGCUUGGUUGCCAUCAAGAAAAUACCAAAAACAGCAGAGAAGAAGCUCAACAAGAUAAGAAACGAGUUGACAAUCAUGAAAAUGAGCCGACAUCCCAACGUGGUGGAAUACUUUGGAUGCUACAAAACAAGCAAUGAUAUAUGGGUUGUCACGGAAUGUAUGGAUGUAUCGCUUGCAGACAUCAUUGCCAUCCUUAUGGAACAAGAUAAAAGAGAGGGCAUCAUCCUAUCAGAACCUAUCAUUGCUCGAGUUGCCCGAGACAUUUUGCGUGCCAUGACACGAAUCCACCGAUUGCACCGUAUUCAUCGUGAUAUCCGCAGUGACAACAUUUUGCUCAACAUCCGCGGGGAGGUGAAAUUAAGUGAUUUCAGUCAUUGUGCACAAUUGAGCAAAGCACAACCAAAACGAAGCUCCAUUGUUGGUACACCUUAUUGGAUGGCUCCAGAAGUAAUCAAGGGACAAGCAUAUGAUGCCAAGGCGGAUAUUUGGAGUUUGGGUGUCUUGAUCUUGGAAAUGAUGCAAGGCGAUCCACCUUACGUGGAAUAUCCUCCUUUACGCGCUGUAUUCUUGAUCGCAUCGAGUGGUCUCCCUUCACUUAUCAAGCCUGAUCAUUGGUCCAAUGAAUUGAAAGACUUUGUCCAGCUCUGUACAAUGACCGAACCUGAAGAUCGACCCGAUGCUGCAGGUUUACUCAAGCAUGCCUUUUUCUCCAAUGUUGCCAAUACAGAUGAAAUGGUGACACUUAUCGAAGAGACGCGAAAAUUGGAGCUCAUGCGACAACAUGAUGACAAUGAAUCACAAAGUUCGGCAAACGAUGAUGAUAACAAGAGCUUUGAAUCAGCCAUCGAAAGUUUAUCCAUUGCCGAGCCGUCGUAA